AUGUCUCAGAUGGUUGACAUUAGUGCACUGUAUGCCACUGUGGUCAGCAAUGAUCCUGCGUGGUUUUUCUAUCCCGAAGACCAUUAUUCAAUAUCCCUUUCUGAAUUGGCUGCAUCCGUUGUCGUAGAGGCGGCUCGUCAACUUCCUUCGGCCUUUGUCCCGAAGAAGCGCACCCAUUUUGAAUCCAUCAAAUCCAUUCUGUUGCACUUCUCUUGUUUACGUGCCGAGUUGGGUGCUGUAUCUGACGAGGCUCUGUUUGCUCAUUAUACCAAGUUUAUCAAAUGUCCAUUACCCUCUGUGUCUCGUCUGUGCCUCAUCUCUGCCUACAUUGAGAUGCUUUAUAGAGAAGUCAUCGCAGCUGCCCUGCGCUGA